CUCCUCCCUGCCACUGAAUCCUCUCGCGGCGCUUGCUCCCACCACGAUGGAAGUCGCCUCCCGGCAAACAACGAGGCUGCUUCGGCCCUCCAACAACCGUCUUCUCCUCUCCAACUCUUGCCUUCCCGCAUAUACCGUCACUACUACCGCCUGCCCGCUAAAUCGCGUCCGUCGGAGAAAUGCCUCCAGCACCCCUCGCAGGUCUGCCCCGGAGUCUCUGCUGCCUCUAGGCUCCUCACACUCCGGCGCACCGCCUACAUAUUUUGCUUCUAGCCAUGCCGCUGCACUUCCUGUCAACACCGUCGUUCGGUUUGUUCCCCAGCAAACGGCAUGGAUCGUCGAGCGGAUGGGCAAGUUCCACCGGAUUCUAGAACCGGGUCUGGCGAUUAUGAUCCCUUUCAUUGAUCGGAUCGCCUAUGUCAAGAGCCUGAAGGAGUCGGCUAUUGAGAUCCCCAGCCAGAAUGCCAUCACGGCCGAUAAUGUUACGCUAGAACUGGACGGGGUGCUGUACACAAGGGUCUUCGACGCAUACAAAGCUAGUUACGGAGUGGAGGACGCUGAGUAUGCCAUCUCCCAGCUUGCGCAAACGACCAUGCGUUCGGAAAUCGGUCAGCUCACCCUGGACCACGUGCUGAAGGAGCGCACAACACUCAACACCAACAUAACAAAGGCCAUCAACGAGGCAGCUCGGGAUUGGGGGGUCGUGUGCCUGCGAUACGAGAUUAGAGAUAUCCAUGCCCCCGAAGGAGUUGUCGCGGCCAUGCACCGCCAGGUGACGGCAGAGCGGUCGAAGCGGGCGGAGAUCCUCGAGUCCGAAGGUCAGCGCCAGAGCGCCAUCAACAUUGCCGAAGGUCGGAAGCAGUCCGUCAUCCUGGCUUCGGAGGCCAUGCAGACCGAGAAGAUCAACCAGGCUUCUGGUGAGGCUGAGGCGAUCCUGCUGAAGGCCCAGGCUACUGCCAGGGGCAUCGAGUGCGUGGCGAAGUCGAUUGAGUCUGGCCAGGAGAACGCCUACGGAGCGGUCAGUCUCAGCGUUGCCGAGAAAUACGUCGACGCCUUCUCCAAACUUGCCAAGGAGGGUACGGCCGUGGUGGUCCCUGGUAACGUCGGGGACAUGGGCGGUAUGAUCGCGAGUGCCAUGGCUGUCUACGGCAAGAUCAGCGAAGGCCAGGCGAAGGCGAUCGCAAAGCAGUCGCUGGGAGUGCCGGCCUCUUCCAACGCCAAGUCUGAACAGGCCCCGUCGGAGGAGAAGGUUCAUGACCCCGCCGUUCAAGAUGUGCUGGAGGGGUUUGACGAGACCACCCAGCAGAAGAACUGAGGGAGCGAAGCAGUCCCGGUGGGUGUCGGAUGUCGUCUGUGUGACUUUACCUAGUCCUGUUGUCUCAUUGCGAUUGAACCUUCUCCAUUUCCGGCUGCUGCAUCUGCCUCCCACCUUACGAAUCUCCGGAUGACCACUUCACUAUUCUUGCCGCCUUGUAACUCUAUGUUUCUAGUUUCUCCGUCCAGGACAGUCUCCCUUUCUUCCCAUGCUUUAGGUGUCCGUUCACGAGGUGCUCCUGGUUGUUGCGAGGAGUCUUUGUCGGCGAUAAUGUACAGUAGACAAAAGCAGAUUGCGGGCGAGUCUUGAG